ACUCAAUAUUUCAGAAAGUUAAAUAGUUAGAAAAUUCGAAUUGUAUAUACGUGUAGAUAGAUGUUUUAUGGUCACAUGUCACCAAUAUUCGAUCUCAUUUCCAUUGUUCAGCAUCUCACAAAGUAGAAGUUGCAUCUUCUUGAUAAGGUUGUCAUUUUUAUUUAUAUCUCCUACGAGUAUAGCUCAAUUACAUUUAAAGCUUGGAAUCAUUGUGUAGUUCAUAUAUCGGUCUGAAAAAAGGCACCUCACUUUGACCUCCUUUUAUGGUUAAACCGCCAACAUUAAGUUUAAUAAAAGUAGAUAUUGAGUAUACAUCAGUCAGACAGUGAACUAACGACAACAAAUAAAACGAAAUCUGAGAUCGGUAUUUCAUCGAACAUAUGAUCACAUAUGCCUAGUAACUUUACAGGACAAAUUCAAAAUGGCGUUAGGGAUGUAAACCUUUAUUUCAUGAUUGUUUAUGCUGGACAUUCUAUUUCUUGUUUGAUGAUUUUACAUACAUGAUAAAGAUAAAAAAAAAAUGAAUUAAUGUUGUAUGUUUCUGAAUAAAUAAGAAGCAUAUAUUUUUAAUGUAUAGAUAUGGACAAUUUCAUCCCAGUAGUAACUAUAAUUUGAAAUCUCACUUAUAUUUUCCAUAGAUAAACUUCACAAUGGGAUGUGCAUCAUCAGUUGACACGGGUACAGAAUUUGUACAAUUCGAAAAGAAGAAACCUUUAAAUAAUGACAAUGUAGUGGUUAUAACUCCUCGACCGUCGUCCAUUCACCAAAAAGACAGAGACGACACAAUAAUGAAGAUUAAAUCAGAGAAAUCUGACCUUUCUCUAUCGCCAUCUACUGACCUGAGUGAGCAAGAAGAUACUAUACUGAAGGAUAAUAAUUCUAACCCGUCGAUUAUUGACCAGAAAGAUCGAGAAGACACAAUGAUAAAGUCCGAGAAAUCUAACCCGUCGAUUAUUGACCAGAAAGAUCGAGAAGACACAAUGCUAAAUGCCGAGAAAACUAACCCGUCGCUUAUUGACCAGAAAGAUCGAGAAGACACAAUGCUAAAGUCCAAGAAAUCAAAUCUAUCUGAACAUAAUAGACCAAAAUCCCAAUAUUCAGACAACAAUACAAAUAAAAAGCAAGAUUAUGACCGACCUCAAUCAUUUCACCAAAAUGAUUCAGGUGAAAAAUCUCCAGAACAGGAAAUACCACAGUCGAGAGAAUCUAGUGGACGUAUGAAAGAUUUGAUGAUUGCAAAUACUACGAGCAAUGAGGGGAAGGAACGAAAGCCUUCAUCUUCAUCAUCGUCAUCCGAAGAUGAAAGUGAAUCAGACGAUGAUAUGAGAGACUCGGAUACAAGACUACUUGCAACUAGGGAUUCGGAAACCAGAUUCACGGAAACCAACGAACAAAGUUCUGUGAAAAACUCGGAAACCAACGAACAUGAUGAUAACCGAGGCUCGGAAAUGAACGGCUAUACUCCGAUAGGAUCGGAAACCAAUGAACAUAAGACACCAUAUUCCGAAACGAAUGAACAAGAAAUGAAUGAUGACGGCAUUUCAAAAACGGGAGAUAUAGUAAAAGACGAAGAAACCAAAGAAACCACCGAAAGAAUCCAAACAGAAGAAAAACAUUUGAAUGAGGAAGAUGUAGCAAAUGACAAUUUAACAAAAACCGAGGAAGCCGAAAGAACAAAUGUUGUGGAAGGAGAAAGUGUUGUUGAUACUGAAGUGAAUGCGGAAACAAAUGAUACAAGUUCCACGGAGAAACUUAUAUCACACAAUGAACUUAAAAGAGACAAUGUAUCUUCUGAAAAUGAUCGUAUUAGUUCAAAAGAAGUUGACUCAACUGAAAAUAACCCUGAAAAGACGCCACAAGAAAUUGACCAUACGGAAGAGGAGGAUAUGCCUUUCACUUAA